UUUACAUUCACAUUCCUCACUCUCAUUUCCUCACAACAACAACAGACAUGAAUUUCAUUGCCAUUCGUCGUCUGGCUGCCAUCACCAACCAGAUUCGUCCCAUGUCCACAGCAACUGUCAACAAGAUUGUGAGCACUUCUACUGCACCUGCUGCCAUCGGUCCCUACUCACAAGCUAUUGUUGCCAACGGCUUCGUCUUUUGCUCAGGUUGCAUUCCUGUCAACCCCGCCAAUGGCGAAGUGAUUCCUGGAGGCGUAAAGGAACAGACUGAACAAGUCUUGACCAACAUGGGCGAAGUCCUCAAGGCUUCCGAUUCUUCAUUCGGUCAGAUCGUCAAGUCUACUGUCUUUUUGAAAAGCAUGAAUGACUUUACUAUUGUCAAUGAAGUCUAUAGCAAGCGUCUCGGUGGAGCUCUCCCUGCACGUUCCUGUGUGGAAGUGGCGCGUCUUCCUAAGGACGUCCUAGUUGAGAUUGAAUGUAUCGCCACUGUUUCCAAGUAGAGUUACAAAUAAAAUAAAAAAAAUCCCAUUUCUGAUCCCUUUUACUCAUAGAAAUGAAGGACAAGCCCUCAAUACAAAC